ACAGGAAAACAGUGAAGCUUUGGCAGGAAACUUGCAAACAAGCUCAAAUGAUGAAGGAAUAAAGAAUUCCCCUGAGCUGAAACAGCUUUCUCUUCCUUUAUCUCAGAAUUCAUCAGGAAAGUUUGUGCCAGUCUUUGCAAAACCAAAGAAAGGUUUGACUGAAACACCUCAGAGAAAAAAUGGAGAAGCAGCAGAGUUUCAAACAGAACAGACACUAAUGAUGCACAAACUUCAAGAAACAUUAGAAUCUAAUCUCCGAUGCACAGACAACAGUCUAGCAUGUGAGCCCUCAGAAGUAGAUAUGCAAGAAGCAAAGUCCCCACCAGGGUCAUCUCAGUUGAUGGGGACCAAAGUGCAAGAAGCUGAAGAUACGGUAAUUCCUCACUGUCAGAAAUGUACCAGCGAAGGGCUGGAUGUUAAAACUCAAAACCAGCACAAGAUUAACAACAUAAGCAAUGAGGCUGCUAUGGUAGGGGUUUCUCACCAAGGAACAGCAUCUAAUUUAAAAGAAGACAGCUGCGACCAAAAUACCUAUGUGGAACUUGUUCCCUUAUUUCCAGAUACACUAUGUCAGAAGGAUGCAGGCAGUCAUGAAAACAGGAACCUGUCUCUCGGGUCACUUGAAUGCCCCAUUCAAAAGGAUGAGAGCUGUAGUAUAUUAGCAGAACACAGAAUUUUUGAGGGAGGUAAAGAUAGACAAAAUGAAGAUGUGAAUAGUUCCCUUCAGAAUGUGGACCAAAAGAAACUCACAGAGGAGGAUGAAACUGCCAUAAAAUUAAGCAAUGUUAAAGAAGAAAAAGGGACUAAAAGUAUGCAUGGAGAAGGCGUAGCUCUGGUGGAUACAAGCAUCAAAAGCAAAAUGGAGAGCAGAAUAAUUAAACCUCAAUUUUUAGUAAAUUUAAACAUCACUACAGAUGAAGAACAGAACAACAACACAUGCACAAGUGGCAGAGCAGAAGAGCAAAGUAGCAGUGACAAAGGAGCAGAGCAGAGGAAUCCAUUUAAAGAUGCCAAAGCUGCAGAACAAAACAGCCCUCAUGGCAGUGGCAAAAUUGCAGAACACAGCGACCUGUGCAGUGUUGAUAAAAUUGUGGGUGAAAGCCACUCAAAAAGCAGUGGCAAAGCCACACUGCAAAGCAGCCCAUGCACAGGUGAUGAAGUGGUAGUAGAGCAAGGAGGCAGUUGCAAAGUCACAGAGCAAAGCAGCCCAAACAGCAGUGGCACAUUCUUGGAGCAAAAGAGUGAAAACGGUGAUGGAAAAGUUGUAAAGCAAAGGAGCCCGCACAGCAGUGGCAAUGUCUCAGAGAAAACUGGUAAUGACAGAGACAGAGAGAUUUCUGGGAAGGAUUUUCCUAGUAGUAGUCAAUCCAUUAUUGUUGAUCUGAAGAUGGAUGUAGAAGUUACUGAAUCAAAAAGUGUACAAACUACUGAAACAAUAAGUCUUUUCUGCCUACAAACUGAAAGAUGUGGUCCCUUGGAGUGCAGCAGCGCCUCCCAGCAACCUGCUUUUUACACUGGAGAGCCUGAUGCAGGCAAAGAAGAGGCAGAAAAGGAGAGAGAGAGAUCUGUAGGCACUAGAGCAGAAUCUAGCCCAGUUGCUUUGGACUCCUUGAUUGAUAGUUGCUUUAUACAUGAGAACAAUCAAGAAGAUCACAUCCCUUUGGAGUGGUGGAAAGCAAAUGGAAGUGAGGGGUUGAGGCCUGAUAGGAAACAGUCACCAGUUAGUAUCUGUGACUCAGGACCUAAUAUAUUAGAAGUUAAACAGUCAAAUACAGACAGUGUCCCACAGGCAGCAACUCAAAUUCCAGAGACAGGAAUAAAGAGUUCUCCCCUUUCACUUGGCCUCUUGUGGAAUGUAAAAAACAAUGAAGAAACAGUCAUUUGUGAGAAACAUAAAAUGGAUCCUGUUCCCAUGGAAAAUUGUCUUUCCCCUUUAGAUUUAAACAUCACUACAGAUGAAGAACAGAACAUGUGCACAAGUAGAUGUGUUGAUGUUCUUGAGCAAUUGAAAAGAGAAAAAGUAAUCAGUCAUAAAAGAGGAACUGAUGCUAAUUCAGGUGGCUGGCCAUCUCUUUCUGCAGCAGAUAUCAGUUUGCCUACUGGUGCACUGAGCGAUCCUCUCCCAGUGGACCAAACCUGCUCAUCUUGGGAAGAUGCACUUUCUCUGGAUCUAGAAUUGUUGCCUGACAGCCAGUUUCAGAGUGUCCUUGAAGAUAACAGAGUGGAACUUUCACAGCAACAGCCAUUUUCUGUGGGUAGUAAUUGCAGUCCUUCCAUCCCUGAAAGAGAGCAUCGUGAUCCACAGAUGCCAGUCCCAGUCAUUAAUAUAUCGUACCCCAACAAGCUGCAAACCAGGGUUGAGAUGAUGGAGGAGAGUUGUGAUUCCACCAAAGAACAAGAUGCAACAGAUGUUGUUUGUGGUCUGAUUAUUGAGCUCUCUAAUCUCAAUCGACUGAUAAUGAACACCCACAGGGAUCUGGAGUCUUUUAAGAGGCUGAAGUACAGAAAAAGCAGACAGUCGGGAAAGUUUUUUGCUCAUGCCCUGAAGGGAGCAACAAAUACUGUGUACACAGUAAAAAAAUGGAAGGAGGUCUAGGACUGUGCAUCAAAUCAGAGCCAAAUAAUAGCAUUGCUAGAUUUAAUGGUUUCAAUGGCCAAAGGCUUUGUUCUGUUCUGGUUUUGCUUUUAAUCUCUUACAUUUGGUAUUUUAGAACUUGUUCUCAUUUACACUAAGGCCCCUUUAUAUCACUGUAGCCAUGUUAAGGCUCCUUUUCACUGUGAGACUGGAGCAACGAGGCUGUACCAUAAAUGAGCAUAAGGCUCAGUGUCUUGAACCAAAUUCUAGCUUAUUACUUGCUGAUUGCAGUCAAGGAAUAAUAUACACUCAUCUGCCUCCCCAUAAGGCACAUAUGCAGACCUCAAAAAACAGUUGUUGUGUGCUUAAAUUCUGGUUGUGAACUCUUGGUCUUUCCUUUCUGGCCUUGUCCAGAUUAGAAUUGAAAGGUGAAACAGUAAGCCAUUCUAACUGCCAUGUUUGAAAAGUCUAGUGGAGACCAGGCAGCAUGUACAUGCUAAACUAUGCAACGGAAACCCUAGUAUCUCUACUGAGACUUCACCUCAAUCAAUGUAGCAUAUGUUUAAGGUGCCAGACUUUUCAAAAUACCUUUCAUCCUUAUCUAGGCAAAGCCUCCACAGUUCCACUAUGGAGUCCUUGCAGAGCAGGCUUUCUUCUUGUUUUCAGGGGAAACAAGAAUUGAGGUGCUAUUUUUUAGUCCUAUGACUCUACAACAGCCUGGAUUUAUGCUGUAUUUUUCUGGUAUAAAUUAUGCAUAACUUUGGCCCUUCAAAUUAAAAGUAAAACUGUUUGCCAGCUGUUUUAAAUCUAUAAGAGGGAUGACAAACCUGAAUGGUGAUAUAUAUUUCUCUUCAUUCUGUACUAUAAAAUAAACCCAAUACUAGUUGAACACA